AAAAAAAAAUACAUGAAAGUUUACAGAUCGGAUUACAGCAGACAUGCAUGCUCAAGGAAAGGUGUGACUGAGUUUCUCAAACCCUGACCCUGUUGAAGAAACAAAUAUCUGAUAUCUUUUCUGCCCUAUUUAAGGCUCAAUUCCUUUUUUUGUGAUCCUGCUUAAAUCCAAAAUCCAAACUAACUAAAUGGUUAAAUUUCUGUUAUUUGAUUUCUUUCUGAUUUGAUCUCUUAAAGCGUCACUUUUCUUACCACCUGUCUUCAUUCAUAACAUGCAAAAUCUUGAUAUACUGUAGCUAAUCUAAGCAGUAUGCUGGAUGUGUGUUCAUUCAAAAGUGGUAGAUGGCCUCUCUUAGUCCAGUAAUUAAUUAAUUAAUUAAUUAAUUAAUUAUUAGAUUAAGCACUUUCAGGACUUGUGUUUCCAAGGUUAUGGGUUCAAAUCUUGCUUAUACAGUGGAACCCUGCCUUACAGCCACCCCGUUAAUACAGCCAUCUCCUUAUUACAGCCACUAUAUUCUAGCCCCAGCAAAACCUCAGUCAGUCAUUUUCCUAUUUUAAGAAUCCCUUUAUUAAUGGCCGCUCCCUUUAUAAGGCCUGAUUUUUGUAGCCUGUUGGUGACUGGAUUAAGAGGGUUCCCCUGUAUUAUUUAUUCCAGGCUUCCAACAUGAUAAAAAUAAAAUUAUUUGUCCUUCUUUCUUGUUUCACCAACAAGCUGAGCAUUUUGUUCUCUUUAUUUAUUUAUCAUUGUGCAAAACAAUUUUGAUAUUAGUUUUGUAAUCUAGCAGCAUAUAUAGGACAUGUGUCAGUAUAAACCAAAUAAAUGACCAUGAGUGUCUCUAGCUCCAGGGAUUUCAUUAACGUUUUCAGCAAAAGGGUAACUGGUUUUCACAGAUAGACCAAACAUUUUGAACUGAACAUCUUAUUCUUAAUAAGAAAAGCUUUUCUCUAGAUGGUCAAACCAGGCAGCGAAACCAUCCUCACACAAGACAGUCAGCAUCUCAGUUUGCCGAAUUGCGUUCGUUUCCCCCAAAAGCCAGUUCACCCAGACCGUAAGUUUGUUUGCUCAGACUGUUAGCUCCAUGGUUAAAUGAGAAAUAAACAUGUUUUGUGAAGUUUGGUUUCAUAACACCCACAGUGUUGACUUUUUCGCUCAUUUGGUUAAAAGAAAGAAUUAAACACAUCCUUCUUUGAACUUUUAGUCCAGGAGAACAGACUUACGGUCCUGGCAAACUGACAACGUGCAAACUGGCUAUCAAGCAAAAUGACCAGUUACCAAUUUACCUGUUGCUCAGCUGUUAAUGAAACCCUUGCAGUUCAGUGGAUAUGGCAUCUGUCCAUUGUUUGGGAGAUGUGUUGUCACCCAGAUCUCAACCAGUAUAUCUUAGAUGUACUUCAGACAGCUAAACCCUUACUAGAAAAGGGUGAAGUUCAGAGAGUAGUCCUGGUGGUUUCCAAUAAAAAAUUUAUUCCUAUUGAGAGAUUUGUUUUUGAGAUUGGUAACCCAGAAGAAUUGUCAGCAACAGGAAGUGAAGACAAUUUUUUGUUACACACAGAGAAAACCCUUAGAGGAUUCUUGCUCAAGAUUAAUGCGUGUGAUGCCUUGUUAGAACCAAUUCCUCCAGGAUGUACGUUCUCCAUUCUUGUAUAUACUAAAGAAUCGUCGUUCUUAAAACUUCAGGAGGACCGCAAGGUUCAGGAGUUUCCUUGGGUUCAAGCAGAUGAAGGAACUACUUUAAAGGAAUCCAUUAUGAUACCUCUUAAGUCAACCACUGCCGGUAUUCUAAAGAUGCAGCUGUUUGUCGAAGAAUGUGCUAACAAGAUGGAGAAAAGUAGGGAAACAGUGGAAAGCCAGCAGUGUUAGCUGUUUAGACAGUGUUGAGGAAGCCUAAGUAUAAUAUAAUGAAGGGAAGAUAAAACAGUCAUGGUUAAACAGUAUGAUGAGGCUUUGUGUACAGUACCAAGAAAAAGACGGUGAAGGUAUUGCGUUGGCUGGUUUUUAGGACUUCAUAUUUCGUCUCGUUCAAUCGUUUCGGGUCACUUAGUCCAAGGCGAAAAGCGUGGUCCGGGCCAUUCGUCUCGGAUACACCACCGAAAACAAUUUACUGUGAAGGCCUGGGAGAAAGCCGUACAGGAACUAGGCGAGUUGUUGAGCCAAUAUUUGUUUAGCGUGUUCUUUUUUCAUAUUUUUUGAAAUCGCUGAGUCGAAAAAAGGAGCAAAUUAUGAAAGAUUUUCUACAUCGCUUUGUUAAGUUGAUGUCGGAAGUUACAUGUACGUAAAAUCCUCGUUUUUUUUAAGUCUUAAGUAACAACCCAAUGCUUAGUUCAAAUGGAUCAAAACAUUCUUGGUUUGGCUAUGCAAAAUAUUAGCGAACAAACUGAGCACAAUAGCGUUCAUUUGAAUGGUCACAAAUUAGAGUUUUAUCCAGAAUCCCAAAGGGUAAAAUCUCUUUCAUUUUACCGCGUAAUAUAACAGCAUGCUACAUUGAAGUACUGCUUAAGAACCCUCGUUUGAGAAGUCACUCAUUUGGGUUUUAUCCACAGACAUAAAAGUCAUAACCACUGUAUGGUCCUAUCGAA